GAAAAGCAUAGUGAAUGAACCAAAUUUAAAAAAUCCACAGUCAUUAGGAUUAGUGCAAGAAUAUCAUGCGAAAAGGUUUAACACCUAAAAACUGGGAAAGGGUUGUUAGUUCUCAUUCAGAAAGUGAAUCAGAUAUUGACUUACUUAAACUGCAAUUGCUUGAAUGUGGUAUAAAUUCCAAACUUUUUGAACCUAAAGCGUCAAGUACAUCAAAUUCAUCUUUAAGAAGAAAACGUGAUCCAGUAAUAUUUGAUCGGCCAUCUUUUAAUAAGAAUAUACAAGGAAAGAGUUUAAUGAUUUCUGGAUCAUCAACGGAAAGGAGCAACAGGCCAAAAAGCAAAUACACAAGUCGACGGGAACGAGAUAUCAAUUGCGUGAAUAGAUCGUUAUCGCCUCCAAUUAGAACUUUAUCACCGCCAAUUAGAAGAUUACAUGUACAGCAUAAAAAACUAACCAGAUCGUCAGAAAGCUUAUACACCAACAAUAAACUACAAAGGAGUACUCAAAAACAAAUACAUUGGAAAGAUCAUACAGCUAAUGAAUCGGCUUCUAAACAAGACAAAACAACAUUUCCGUUUCGGCCUACUCCUAGUGGAAAUUUAAAAAUAGGACCUAGCCAGAUAGUUUAUGAAACUCAAAAAGUCAGCGUUUUAGUGGCUGAUCCAGAUCAUACACAGGUAAAUAUUUAUGGUGAUUGCUUAAACAGUGGAAUUGUUUCUUCUUCAAAAUCUUCAAAAAAUAUGGAUAAAUUGAGAAAAAAUUUUGCAAUGAUGGGAAACCCGAGAAAUGAUGAAGCAAAUUUCGAAGCCGAAUACAGUUCAAAUGAUGAAGAUUUACCUGAAAGUGUUGCUGAUGUAUUAAGUCCUGAAAUUAGAUUGGAACGUUUGGGUAUAACCAAUACAGAACCAUUUAGUUGGGAAAAAGUUGCAAUGCAUGCUAAAACUAAUCUGUAUGAAGAAAUAAACCGGCGUAUUACAAAUUACAUUCUUGCUGAUUGUAUUGUUUACAUUGGUAAUGAGGAAUUUUCUUGCCAUUUAAUUGUACUUCAAUCAUAUUCCAAAUAUUUUGAAAAUGUUGAAGAUAAAAAGGUUGAUUUAACAAAACAAACUGCGGUGUCUCCAAAAGCUUUUGCCACAAUUUAUGGCUGGAUGAUAACCCAUGAAGAUGAUAGUUUUAAACUUCUGACUCGUGAUAAUUGUCUAGAAUUGUUUUCGGCAUCCAAGUAUUUAGGAAUCAAAGAAUUAGAAGAGCAAUGCUGGAUGUUUAUUGAUUCCGAAGAAGUAUUCAAUGAAGAAACUGCAUUUUUAUUGUUCAUGGAAGCAAAGCAUAGAAGUCAAGUAGAUGUGAUGCAAUUAAUGAUUCCAAGAAUACGUAAAUUCUUUUUAACAUUAGUUAGUUCUCAAGACUUUUUAGAAUUAGCUGCCGAAGAAGUUUGUGCCUUUUUAUCAUCAAAUUACAUUUACAUUAAUUGUGAAAUGGAAGUUUUAAUGUCUGCUGUACGAUGGCUUAGAUACGACUGGAAAGAGCGUCAGAAACAUUUGGUUGAACUUAUGAAGUGUGUACGAUUUGGGUGGAUUGAGCCAUGGCAAUUAAUUGACGUGAAACGAAAUCCAGAAAAUCCUGAAUUUAUUUCUAUCAUGAGGAAUCCUGAGGUUUUACGGAUGGUUGAUGAUGGUCUUGCUUUCGUUAUUAUUAAAUAUUGGUACGGCCACAAAAAUGAUGAUUUUCAGCAUUGGUUAGACGUUUUAGGAUUAGAAGAACCAGCACAUCGUAAUUUAAGUGGCGAAGAAAAGAAUUAUGUAACUUAUAGACAAUUUCUCGAAUAUUUAGAUGUGUAUCGUAACGAGGCAAUAAUGGAAAAAACUUUGCCAAAAGUAGCGAAAAAAACUCGAAAUCGUUCUCGUAAUAGCCAGGCUAAUGUUGCCGAGAGCGUUAAAAGCCUUAAACAUACCAUACCUACAAUGGAUGAAAUGUUAGCUUCCAGGAAAAUCAAUUUUCCAAUAAUUCGUGAAUUAGAACCACAAACCACGCUAUCGGAGGAAGGAAGUGCCUGGAAUUUAACUGACAUGAUAAAUGAAACUGUCGAACUAGGGAAACAUAGAACUAUUGAAGAUCAAUUAGAAAAACCGAUGUCGAGAAUAAGAGAAAAACCUCCCUUACACCGUCAAGACGACAGAAAAAAAUUAUCAAGAGCUAGUCGGAAUAGAAUGGUUCAACUUGAAGAAGAUGAUACAAAUCGAGGUAGAUAUUCUGCGGGUCGAGAUAAACCACAGUUGCAAUAUCAAGAAGAUGAUAAAAGUUCAGCAAGAAACGAACUGAAUACGGUCAAAUUUGGUCACUCAUCUCAAAUGAAAGAUAUACUUCUUGAGGGGUCAUUAUACGAUGCAAACCGUGAAACAAUUUUAAUUUUUGGUGGAAUUGAUCCUCAUUCUCAUUAUGGAAUUGGUAGAAAUACUGGCAAAGAUAUUUAUCAAUAUAUUCCUGAAUCAAAUUGUUGGAAGUUUGUUACUGAAUUACCAGAACCACGUCAUCAUCAUUGUGUCGCAUUUUUGCAUGGGCGUAUUUAUUUAGUUGGUGGUGCUGAUCCUCGACAAGAUGAAGAAUCACAUAAUAAAUCAUCAAAUGUUGUAAAUACUGUGUGGAGUUUUGAUCCUGUGAGUAGAACUUGGUACAAUGAAUGUAGUAUGGCUAAGGCUCGCAAAAAUUUUGGGUUAGUUGUAAUUUGUCAAAAAAUGUAUGCUAUUGGAGGACAAGAUCGAUUAGGAAGAGUCUUGGCAUCUGUAGAACGAUAUGAACCAAAUGCAAAUAAAUGGGAAGAAAUGGCGCCAUUAAAAACACCACGAAUGGGUAUUGCUUGUGUUAAAUAUCGUGAUUAUAUUUGGGUGGCCGGUGGAAUGACCGGAGUUAAAAGAGCUCCCCUGUGUAAUGACGUUGAAUGUUAUGAUACAAGAUCUAAUGAAUGGACGCAUGUAACAAAUUUAAGAUUCCCACGAUGUUUUUCACACUUAUUUGUAAUGAAUGAUACGCUUUAUUUAAUUGGAGGUGCAGGUCGCCAAAGUGAUAAAAAUAAAGGAGAUAUUAUUAGCUUGGAGUCAAUUGAUGUAUGGUGUGCUAAAGACAAACAAUGGCGUUUAUGUUGUGAAAUGGCUAUACCACGACAUGGUCAUGCUGUCGCAUAUAUUGGAACACAAAUUAUAAUUAUUGGUGGUGUUACAACCGUUUAUAUGAGAGCAUUAAGCAAUGUGGAAUGUUAUUGUGUAGAAAGAUGUACGUGGGUUAGAGGAAUUGCUGGUUUACCCACUACUCUUUCUGGCCAUGGUGCUGUCACAUUACCCCCAGCAUCAUUAAUGUAA